AUGUAUUUCCCAGAAAGAUCCGAUCCAAUUGGGUUGAGUUUGGCUUCUUGCAGUUUGACAACUAGGAAGGAAACUACUGAAGAUGCUAUUGCCGAUUUAAAUGAUGAAGCUUUGACUAUUAAAUCGAUUCUCACUCACCAAAAGCAACUUAAUGAAGAUCUAUCAAAUAUAAUUGAAUUGAUGCAACAAAGGCUGGGAAAUAAGGAUGAAGAAUUCAUCGAACAUAUAGCAUUGACUCCAAGGGAACAAAAUAAAAAACUACGACAGGAAUUACAAAUUUUUGUAAACGAUACAUUGGCGUUAGAUUUAAUGGAUAGUAAUGAAGUUUCCUUAGAUACAAUCAAACUUCAAUCCAAAGAUAUAAUUAAUAGAUUGAUUGAGUAUGAUGACACACUAGAGGUGGAACAUUUUCAACCCUAUUGUAAAAGGUUAUAUAGAUUACUUGUAAAGAGUUGUGUUGUAAACCUAAGAAAAGAUCUUGAAGGAAGGGACAUCAUAAAAUUGCUUGAUUUUGAUGAUGAUAAACUUUAG